CGGGCGAAUCGGCCCGCCUCCUCGUCCUCCUGCCGGCCCUGGGGCCGCGUCCCCCGGCAACUCGGCGGCGGAGGCCUGAGGUUUUGUCCGCAGGUGUCGGUGGCGAGAACCCGGGCACUGUCUUCUGCGGCCCCAUGGUGGGCUUCGGGGCCAACCGGCGGGCGGGCCGCCUGCCCUCCUUCGUGCUGGUGGUGCUCCUGGUGGUGAUCGUCGCCCUGGCUUUCAACUACUGGAGCAUCUCCUCCCGCCACGUCCUGCUUCAGGAGGAGGUGGCCGAGCUGCAGGGCCAGGUCCAGCGCACCGAGGUGGCCCGCGGGCGCCUGGAGAAGCGCAAUUCGGAUCUCCUGCUCUUGGUGGACUCACACAAGAAACAGAUCGACCAGAAGGAGGCCGACUACGGCCGCCUCAGCAGCCGGCUGCAGGCCAAGGAGGGCCUGGGGAAGAGAUGCGAGGAUGACAAGGUUAAACUACAGAACAACAUAUCAUAUCAGAUGGCAGACAUACAUCAUUUAAAAGAGCAACUUGCUGAGCUUCGUCAGGAGUUUCUUCGACAAGAAGACCAGCUUCAGGACUAUAGGAAAAAUAAUACUUACCUUGUGAAGAGGUUAGAAUAUGAGAGUUUUCAGUGUGGACAACAGAUCAAGGAAUUAAGAGCACAACAUGAAGAAAAUAUUAAAAAGUUAGCAGACCAGUUUUUGCAGGAGCAGAAGCAGCAAGAGGUCAACAAGGUUCAAUCAAAAGGUGAAAAUGAAUUGGAUAUGAACAAUCAUGUAAUACCAAAAAAUAUUCCAAAAGUAGCUGAGAACGCUGCAGAGAAGAACGAAGAACCCUCAAGCAAUCAUGUUCCACAUGGAAAAGAACAAAUCAAAAGAGGUGGUGAUGCAGGAAUGCCUGGAAUAGAAGAGAAUGAGUUGGCAAAAGCUGACGACCUUCCCACUGCUUUAAGGAAGCCCCCAAUUUCUGUCUCUCAAUAUGAAAGUCAUCAAGCAGUCUCUCAUCUCGCAACUAGACAACCUCUCUCCUCAAAUUUAGUUCCAGAUUCUCAUGGAAACCCUGGUACUUCAAAACAGAAACCUUCCAAUCCUCUUCAGCGUUUAAUUCCAGGCCCAAACUUGGAGAGUGAAUCCAGAAUUCAAGCAGAUACGCUAAAGCUGGCUACCAAGGAGAGAGUUGGUGACUUCCAUAAGUUGAAGCAAAGCCGAUUCUUUGAUGAGAAUGAAUCCCCUGUUGAUCCGCAACAUGGCUCUAAACUGGCGGAUUAUAAUGGGGAUGAUGGUAACGUAGGUGAGUAUGAGGCAGACAAGCAGGCCGAGCUGGCUUACAAUGAGGAAGAAGAUGGUGAUGGUGGAGAGGAAGACGUCCAAGAUGAUGAAGAACGAGAACUUCAAAUGGAUCCUGCAGACUAUGGAAAGCAACGUUUCAAUGAUGUCCUUUGAACCCUACAGGAAAACUUCGUAAAACCUAAAGUGCUGUAAAAUGGAAUCAUUUCUACUAUAUUGUUUUUGACUUUUGUUGUAAAGAUCAGUUGUAUCAGUUGUAAAGAUACAUUGACAUAGAUUUAAGGAAAAAUUUUAAUGAAGAAAUGUACCCAUGUACAUAUGUGAACUUUUUCAUAUUGUAUUAUCAAAGAAGAGACUUUUUGGUUAUUAUACAGUUGAGCCAAAAACAAAGUAAGCAAAACUGUAACCUUUGCAUUUAAAGCAAAUUAAUGUAUAUUUUACAUUUUAUUGAGGCUAAUUCUUUCCACAAAUAGACAAAUAGGAAAAAAUGGUUGUACAGUUUAUAUGUUGUGCAUAGCAUAACCACAGUGAGAACAGUUCCUCCACUGAGAAAAAUUUUCACAUACUAACAUAUUCUUGUUAGCUCAACAGGUGUUCUGUACAAUUUGUCCCUCUUCUCAUGAUCUUCAAGGAGUUAUACUGAGAAUAGUUAAAUAAGAGGGGAACCUGGAAGCAAACACUGGGCAUCAUAUGUGCAAAAUCACUUCCCUACUUUUGUUUUACAUGAGUACUGAUGUGUUUUGGCAGAUAGGGUUUCAGCUGAGGCCUAAUGGAACAUGAGAUAACCUGCAAAGACAUAACAAUAUAUAUGACUUAUUUUAGUCCAUGAAAUUGUGAAAUGCAUGAUUGACAAUAUAUUUUCAGGUUUCCCCCCCACAUAAUACCAGUAUUGUGUAACUAGAACUGGCUAAAAUUUUUAUAUUUUCAGAGUUCAAGUUGAUGAGGGUAUUCAUUAUUUAAAUGUCAGAUUCUGAAAGAGGCUAGCUAAAUCAACUUUGAAAUGAAUCUAUAAUUGGUAAAUCUAGUCAGUAAAACUAGCCUCUCUGGUAGUUUUUGUGUUCUUAUUUGACUAGACUGUUUCAGAAGUACUAAGUAAGAAGUUUUAACAGAUUUUUAUUAAUGCACAGAUGAAUAGAGUACUGUGAUGAGGUCUAUAGCAUUUUAUUAAAAUAGCUUAAAAGUUUGUAAUAAAGAUGAAGAAUCUUUGUAAUUACUUAAUGUUAGUUAAGAACCCAUAAACCUCUUAUUUGCUAGACUUACAAAAUUAUUUGAAACACAUUUGUCUUGACACUAUUCAGUAGAAUAUAUAAGCUAGCUAAUUCUUGUGUUCUGAUUUAAAACAUUUAAGUCCCUUCCCUGACCCCCCAAUAAAAGGCUUUGAUCACAAGGAGAAAUUUUUAAGUUAUUAGCUGUGUAUAAACGUGAUUUUUUUUUCUUUCUAUACACAGGUUCUAGUAAAAAUUCAAACUUAUAGAGGUAAAGCAAAACAGAUUGUUCAUUUAUUGAAGGUGAAAAAUUAUUAGACUUUAGUUUGAAAAGAUGUAGUGAUUUGGUGAAAUUGUUUUUCCCACUGUAUCGAAGUAAGCAACUCAUGCCUUUGCUAAUGGUAGAGUCAGGCCUACAAUGAGUAGUUAUGGUAUUUCACAAAAUUUUUAAACAUGGAGUUAAAGAGAAUUGAUGUACAUCUUUUAGGCAUUAGGAUGAGAAGGUGAAUCUAAAAAUUACUCCUAAUAAUACUUUAUAUUUAAUACUGUAAAAUCUUUACAAAUGAAAAUCAUAAAAUUUUCUGCCUUAGUUCCUUUGUCAUAAAAAUCACAUGUCUCUAUGGAAGCUAUUACUUUUUUUUUUUUUUUUGGAAGCUAUUACUUACACAGCAAAAUUUGAAUUAGCAGUCUAGACAUUUUAUAAAUUGAGAAAUCUUGGACCAAUUGAUAAUAUUUCUGACUGUAUUAACACUUUAGCACUAUAAAAUAUGUGACUCUUAAAAUUCUGACAUUCUGCAGUCUUUAUUAGACAUGCUGGUUUUAUAAUGUUUUACUUCUGCCUUAAGAUUUAGGUUUUUUUAAUGUAUUUUUGCCCUGAAUUAAGUGUUAAUUUGAUGGAAACUCUGCUUUUAAAAUCAUCACUUACUGGGUUCUAAUAAAUUAAAAAUUAAACUUGUUUCAACUUUUC